AUGGAAGCUCUGCUUCAUAUGCCAAAGAAACUUAAAAUCCCCAUGAAUCUGCUUGAAUGGAUAGAUCAGCACAUCUUUGGAACUAAAGAGCCCUAUUUCAAGCAUAAGAAUAAAGUUAUCAAGAUUACUAAAGAUAUGGUCGACAAAAUUUUCGAUUUCCCUGGUGGCACCAAGCCUUUUGUAUUCAGUAGCGACGAUCCCCAAGUGAAAGCAGAGGUUACACAGUUGAGGAACAAGUAUAUUGAUCAUCGGAACAAAAUGCCAAUUAAUAAAAUAGAGGAGGUGAUGCUUAGUGACGAGACAGAAGAUGGUUUUAUUAGGAGCUUCACAUUUUAUUUCCUAUCAUCUAUUUUGUGCCCUGCGUCAUACUAUUUUGGAAACACCAAGUUCUUGUACUCUCUGAGAGAUGUUUCUGCUAUUCCUUCACUCGACUUUGCACAAUUGGCACUGGAUUUCAUGCGUGAGGAGUCACAGCGUCACUUAGAAAUGAUCAUGAACAGACCAACUGUUGAGGAAAUGAACAAGUCUUCAUAUAUUGGGGGAUGUCUUCCUAUUUGGGGAAUCAUUUAUCUGGAUUUUGUUGAUUUCAAUAUUAUUGAUAAUCAUCAGUCUACUGUGGAUUAUUCUCUUCCAUGGAUAUGUCAUGUUAAGACUGAAGAUUUCAAGUAUCUUGCAUUGGUUGAUAGGAAUUAUGAGUCUAGGAAUUUUUUUUGUGUUUUACCACUGCGAGACAUAUCACAGACCCCAUAUUACAAUGUCGGGCCUAUUAACAAUGCUCCCAACGCUGCUGCUGAGGUCAACAAUGCAAAUAGUGUUCCUAAAGCUCUACAUGAGAACACAUCAAAUGAUUCAAAAAGUCCUCAUACCAUUUCAGAAAUUCCUAGUUCCACCGCAAAAGUUGAAGCAGAUUUAAAACAGAAACCAGAGCCAUAUUUGAAAACAGAGCAGGAAGUAGUUUUUCUAUCAGCUGAACCAGAUGAUAUCAAAUUUUCAACUGAAGUUAAUGCAAAAAGAAGUUUUAUACUCAUCAGUUAUGCCUCUGGAAAUGAAAGAGUCAAGCAUUUUCAAGGAACUCCAAUUCUUAUUAAUGAUGAUUCUCCUACCACUCCUGCUACCGCGACUAACAAAGAGAUACCAGCCUCUCAGUGUGAUACAAGUGAAGGAAUUCCAAUGAACAUGGACUUUUCUGUCCAACUAGGCUAUUCUUCAUUCAAUAAUUCAGAAGCUGGAGCAAGUACAGGACCUAAUACAAUUGAAAAGAAGAACAAGAAGAAAAGAGCAGCUAAAGUUCAAUCUCCUGAUGCACCAAAGAAACUGAAAAUAUCUCAAGAAGUGGACAUUUUCUUCUCCAAAUAUUUGAGGAAGCCUAUCUUUCAAGAAUACACUCUUUUUGUUGAUAUUGAGGGUUUCCCUGUAAGCUAUGACAAUUACUUUAAUUCAUUUAAAGCGAGGGGUGAAAUUGGAGAUGAAGUGAUGAAUUCUUUUAUUCAAGUUCUUAACUAUGAAUCAAAGAUGUCAUCUGAAGUAAAGCCUUAUCUCAAGAAAUACUGUUUCACUUCAUACUUUACUAAUAAAUUGUUGGUUCCUCCUGAGUCAUUUGAUCCUAUUAGUUGCAUACGAGAAUUUGACAGGAUUAAUUAA